CCCCCUAGAUUAGCCCAGGUCCACCCCCGCGUCGUUAUCAUAUCUUCAGUAGUACUUCUUGCUAUUGCGAGCGCGCGCGCGGCCGCGCGCGCGCUACACUGGUCAGAGAUAUGAAGCCAAGUUGAUUUUUUGCCUUGGCCGCGCGCCGCGCGGACGCGCCGGGUCCAAGCUACCCACACGCGGCUCUCUGAAGGCCUCGUCGGCCGCGCCACGCACUCCUCGUUCCCCCGCCCGGUGGAGCUCGCGGUUCGCCCGCCUUCAAUAUCCGGCCGCGGCGAAACCGCCCCAGAGUUCGCCAUCGCCGUCAAGGGUUCGCGUCGCAACUGAAAAUUACCGCUCUCGUCCAAGUUGUCGCUCGAACGCAGGUGCUCGCGACCUGAAGACGAAGAAGACCAAGCGCUCGACCCCCGCCAGCCACAGCGCGUCGCCGCGAAGAAAGCACUGGUCUCCUCGCGCCCCCGCGGUCCGCGCGCGCUCCGCGCCGUCGCCGCGAGCGAGCCCGCGGCGACGCCUUCGCGAACACACACCUCCCACCGGCACGCAGUCGCCGCAAGCACGCUUCCGCGCCGCGGACGCGCCCCAGGGGCUCAUGUUUUGCGACGCAGGCAUCAUGUACAUGCGCGCCGCCCUUCUGGCGCUCGCCCUCGGGCAGGCCUCGGCCCUGCUCAGUUCGCCUCCGAGCGACGACAAGCACGCGUCGGCCCUGACUUCGCCUCCGAACGACGACAAGCACGCGUCGGCCCUGAGUUCGCCUCCGAGCGACGACAAGUUCGCCGUCCUUCGUGGGCUCGACGACGCGCAGGUGAUGGCCGAGGUUGCGCGGCGGAACCUGAACGCGUGCGACGGCGCGCCCCCUCAAGAACAUCGCGCGCUGGCUGAGCUGCACUACUCUUUCAAGUACGAGUGCGAGUGCGACCCGACGCCGGAGCCGACGCCGGCGCCGUCGCCCUCUCCGACGGUCUCUCCCACGAUUACGACUACGACGUCGACGAAGUGCGAGACGCACUUCCACUUUUCUGGCGAACACAAGGACUACCAUGCGUGCCGGAAUUAUUGCGAGCAUAAACAUCCAAUUGGGGACUGGCAGCUCCCGUGCCUCUACGACGAGCACGUGGACCUGGCGCUCGAAGCUGAGAUGAGCGCCUACCCGUGCGGAAUCAUUUUCAAGGCCACAAUUCUCACUCACUAGUCGAUGUACCACACAGAGUCGAGGGAGUUGAAGGGCGUCUGGCUCCCUUUCACUCGAUAUUAUUAUAAUAAGUACUGGUCGUAUCACAAGCACAAGUGGAUUACAAAAACGAAGUGGAAGUGGGAAGGUUGCAAAGAUAUGCACGGACACGCGUACUGCGUGAAAGAAGGAAGCCACGUGCAUGAGUGCGUGCCUAAGGAAAACAGCCACGGGGAAGGCCCACCGUACUUCCGCUGGGAGCCCGGUGAGCCUAACACUUCGGGCGGGUACGUCCGGAAGUCGUUCGCAUCUGGCCACGACUGGGAGCAUAACGGUGGGAUGGCCGACAUCAAGGGCGAUUGUGUGGACUUCGAGUGUGUCUGCCAGAAGAAAUGCCAUUAG